GGCUGACAGAAUUGAAUCGCUGGAGGUUGAAAUGAACGCUAGGCUGUGGAGUGAAAUUCCUCUGUGUGUGAAAGUAGGGAGGGCUGAGCUUAACACGAGGUUUUGGGCUUUAGAUGUCUACGCUCAUAUACUGAACACCCCAGUCCGUAAGAAAAAUACAAUUUUUGGGGUUUUAUUUGUAAUAAAUAUCGCGUGAGACCAUCAAAGUGAUGGGGGGCAAUGUUAGCUCCCGCCACGUUUCCUUCGACCCUGUAUUUGAUGAGGAGGGGGUUACAUUCGUGAAGGGCAUUAGGCUUUCACAAAGAGUGAUUGAUCGUAUGAAGGAGUCUCCACCUGUGGUUCACCCGCAAGCUUCACCCAAAUCUUCCACCCAGUCAACAGCUCCUGUAGCUCCUCCGGUCGAGCGAUUGGUUCCAGGCGAACAUCAAGUACCCAUAAUCCCUCAUCCUCCCUCAUAUGCCAGUACUUUGGUUCCUCCUCCUGUUUCAGUGCCAAUAAAACCUUUAGUGCCUUUAGUAACUGGGACUGAGGAAACAUCUGCACCACCUUUAAAUCUCGUAAAGUCACCUGAAAGUCUUCCAAACCCUCCACCUACAGGUGAUGAGCAUGUAGCUAUACUUGUACCUGACCCUCAGCCUGCUGUGCUGCCUGCUGAACCCAUAAAUUCUCCUUCACCAGUGUCAAGUGAACCAAUAACUGCUUCUCCACGAGUGGAACCCCUAACACCUAUAGGGUCCUCGGUUGAACCUGUAACACCUAUAGGGUCCUCUGUUGAACCCCUAACACCUAUAGGGUCCUCGAUUGAACCUGUAACACCUAUAGGGUCCUCUGUUGAACCCCUAACACCUAUAGGGCCCUCGGUUGAACCUGUAACACCUAUAUGGUCCUCUGUUGAACCCCUAACACCUAUAGGGUCCUCAGUUGAACCUGUAACACCUAUAGGGUCCUCUGCUGAACCCCUAACACCUGUAGGGUCCUCGGUUGAACCCGUAACACCUAUAGGGUCCUCUGUUGAACCCCUAACACCUAUAGGGUCCUCGGUUGAACCCGUAGCACCUAUAGGGUCCUCUGUUGAACCCCUAACACCUAUAGGGUCCUCGGUUGAACCCCUAACACCUAUAGGGUCCUCGGUUGAACCCCUAACACCUAUAGGGUCCUCGGUUGAACCCCUAACACCUAUAGGGUCCUCGGUUGAACCCGUAACACCUAUAGGGUCCUCUGUUGAACCCCUAACACCUAUAGGGUCCUCGGUUGAACCCGUAACACCUAUAGGGUACUCUGUUGAACCCCUAACACCUAUAGAGUCCUCUGUUGAACCCCUAACACCUAUAGAGUCCUCUGUUGAACCUGUAAUUGUAUCUGCUGAAGAUCUUGUUCCAUCUGCUGAACCGAUUGAUCCUAUAGAAACUCCAUCAUCUCUUACUUUAGCUGCUCCGCCAACAUCUGGCGAGUCCAUGGACUUACCUGUUGAAUCUGAGGUUUCAACCUCCCCAAUCUCAAUACCUGCUCCUAUUCAGUCUGUCUUGGAGGAGUCUGCUGUUUCGCAGUCAGGCUCUGCUUCAUCUGUGGUUUUGCAUGAUGAAAUGCCUUGCAAGAUGCAAAUAGGUCCAAUUUCCACGGGAGAUCCUGCAGUUCCUCGUGUUCACCUGGUUGAGGAACCUGUUGCGCCACAACUCGAGGUCUUUCCACUGGAAACACAUGUUGUGAAUGAGGAAAAGCUCAAAAGGCAGCUCAGAGAAGAUCUCCAGAAGCUCCUGAAUGAGGAAAUGAAGAUGGCAGAGGAUAACAUGAGACAACAGCUGGAGGAAGAGAAAGCUAAAGCGAAGGCCCAAGCUCAAGCUGCAGCCCGACUCCAGAUUCAGGACGAGGUCCAGAAGCUUCUGGAAGAGGAGAAGGCAUCCUAUCAACAGACCCUGGCAGAUGCCAUUAGGAUGGAGAAACUGAAGGUUCAGGAUGAGCAUCUCAUAACUCAGUAUUAUUGGCUGGAGAGGAAGGCUCAGAAGCUGGAGGAGAAGGAGAAAGAUCUGGAAAAUCAGGAGGCUUUGUUUCGGGAGCAGAUUGCCAAGAUGCAGGAAAAGAUGGCUCGGUUCACAAAAGUUACUGCUGAAAAUUACAAGAAAGGCUUAGAGGAUGCACACAAGCGCUUCAGGGGAUGCCAAAUCAAACCAGUGUGUUCAGAUCUGCAGAGUCAGAUACUGAAGUGUUACGCUGAGAAUAAAGGUCAGACUAUGAGCUGUUCCAACAUCGCGUCACUGUAUAUUCAGUGUGUGGACCGUGCCAGACAGGAUAAAAAGCUGAGCACCGGAGGUUAGCUCACUGGGCUGAACAUCAGAUGAGAAGGCCAUCAAUGCAAACACACACACAUUAAAAAUGAUUCAAUUAGUUUAAUUGUUAAUUACACAUUUCAGCAGGUUUAAAUAUGCCUUCUCUUGAAUAUGAGCCAUUAUCGGACCACUAUGGAGAAAUACCUCAACUGGUUCCUCACUCUUGUGACUGUGAACUGGUUUCAUGUGCUAUCGAGUGCUUUGUUCGUGUGUGGAGACAUAGUGAUUUUCUUCUGUGUUCCUUCUUGUUUUAAAAUAGUGCAUGACCAAAAAGUACAAAGCGAUGCACAAUCUGGAAGCUGUUCUUUGAUGACAUGUUUUUGCAUAGUAAAAAGUUUGUCUUUUUCUUUGAUACCUGAUAUUAUAGGUAUUUUGGACAAAUGAUUGAAAUCCAAGCUGUGCUGCUAAAAGCCGGUCAAAUGUGUAAAAUGGGUAUUAAGAAAUAGUUCACCCAAAAAUAAAAAUUUGCUGGAAAUGCACGCAUGUUCAGGUCAUCCUAUUUGUAGAUGAGUUUGUUUCUUUAUCAGAUUUGGAGAAAUGUAGCAUUGCAUCAGUUGCUCUCCAAUGGAGUGAAUGGGUGCCGUCAGAAUGAUAGUUCAAACAGCUGAUAAAAACAUCACAUUAAAUCAAAAACACAAAAGGCAUGCAAAUUAAAAAGUGCCAUGUUUGUAAGAAACAAAUCCAUCAUCAUGUUGUCUCAUCUGAAUCGGGAGAGAAAUAUUCAAAGAUCAAGCACAGUUCACAGGUGAGACAACUAUAGGGAAUGGACUUUUUCAGUUGUUGUUAUGGAUUAUGGUAUUUUUUCCAGAAAGUAUACAGUUGAAAGCCUUUACUUUUUUUCUUCCACUUAAUUUUAAUUUAAUUUAAUGGUUUAUUUAAAAGGGGACAGUGCAAUUUCAUAAAACACAUGAACAAACAUGGUUAAAAAAGCCAGAAUUAGCCAAAAGGCUAUUUUUCAUCUGUAGUCCCCUGGCCAAGAUGUAAAAAAA